AUGAUGUGCGCUUAUCCCGAAAUAAUUUUCAUUGAUGCUACCUACAAGCUCUUGAAGAUAAGAGGCGUACUUUUUUUGAUGUUAGUAGAAGAUUCUAAGGGGGGGUCAGAAAUUGUAGGAGUGUGCAUUUUGAUGAGUGAGGAUUAUGAAAGUGUCACUUGGAUGAUGGAAACAUUUAAAUCCGUACAUCAUUCAACCUGGAAAAACAUCAAAUGCGUCAUGUCCGACAAGGACAUGGUAGAGCGGGAAGUAAUUAGAACUUGUCUACCUCACGUUCGCCUACUAAUUUGCGUAUUUCAUACGCUAAGAACUUUUAGUAGAGAGAUAACGUGUUCUAAAUGUGAAAUAACCGUUCAAAUAAGAGAAAAAGCUCUCACGAUUUUGCAGAAAAUGGUCUACUCGAAGACUGACGAAGAGUACAAUGAAUUGUAUCAACAAAUACAACUUUUGCCGCACAGUAUUGUUAAUUACUUUGACGAAAAUUAA